AUGGCUCUUUUAGACGUCAGUGGAUACAAUUUUCAUUCUAGACGGUGUGGAAAGUUUUUUGGCGCAAGAGAGGCUCAGUUUGUCGAUCGACCAAAUCACUUCAGUUUUGGGACCAGAUCUCAAGAAUUCGCUGUACCUGUGGGAGUUGAUCCCACGGCAUUUUUAAAGUCAUGUAGCCGUGAAGAUGGAGUAUCAAUAGAUCUGAAUCAUGGCACUACAACACUGGCUUUCAAAUUCCGCCACGGGGUUAUCGUGGCAGUGGACUCCAGGGCCUCAGCUGGAAGUUACAUCGCAUCUAAGGAGGCUAACAAGGUGAUCGAGAUCAACCCUUACCUGCUGGGGACCAUGUCGGGGAGCGCUGCAGACUGCCAGUACUGGGAGAGACUGCUGGCUAAAGAGUGCAGACUUUAUAAGCUGCGUAACAAUCAGAGGAUCUCAGUGUCGGCUGCAUCUAAACUCCUGUCUAACAUGAUGGUGGGGUACAGAGGCAUGGGUCUCUCAAUGGGCAGCAUGAUCUGUGGAUGGGACAAGAAGGGCCCAGGUCUGUAUUACGUUGAUGAUAAUGGCACACGUCUCUCAGGCCGUAUGUUCUCCACUGGCUGUGGGAACAGUUAUGCAUAUGGAGUGGUGGACAGCGGUUAUCGUGAGGAUAUGACUGUGGAGGAGGCGUAUGAACUGGGCCGUCGUGGCAUAGCCCAUGCCACACACAGAGACGCCUAUUCUGGAGGAGUUGUCAAUCUCUACCACAUGCGGGAGGAUGGCUGGAUAAAGGUGUGUAAGGAAGACGUGUCAGAGCUGAUUCACCGCUACAGGAAAGGCAUGUUCUGAUUUCAGAACAGUGUACAUUCAGCA